AUGGCCACAGAAAUCACAGAGCGCCCCGAGCCGGGCCAAAAGACGGCGCUCAUCACCGGCGCCGGCAUCGGCGGCAUCGGCGGCGCGCUGGCGACGGAGCUGCACCGCCAGGGCUACUUUGUCUUUUGCGCGGUGCGGCGCCCCGAGAGCAUCACGGCGCUGCUCCGCCCGGGCAUGGUCGUGGUGCCGCUCGAGGUGACGGACACGGCGUCGGUGGAGGCGGCGGCGGCGCGUGUCGCAGCCGUGCUCGACGGCCGUGGGCUCGACGUGCUCGUCAACAACGCCGGCGUCGUCAAGCACCGGCCCGCGCUCGACUCGGACAUUGACGGCGACGUCCGCCACCUGUUUGACGUCAACGUGCUGGGGCCCAUGCGCGUCGUCAAGGCGUUUGCGGCGCGCCUCGUGGCUGCUCGCGGCUGCAUCGUCAACAUUGGCAGCGUCGCGCCCAUUGUGCCCCUCGCGUUUUCCACCUCGUACAAUGCCACAAAGGCCGCGCUGCACGCGUACGGCGACACGCUGAGCAUGGAGAUGAAGCCGUUUGGUGUCGACGUCGUGACCGUCGUAACCGGCGGUGUCAAGAGCAAUAUCGUUCGCGGGAACCCAAGCCUUCCUGCGGACUCGCUGUACAUGCCCAUUGAAUCGUUUUGGCGCCAUCGCACGCAAAUGUCAAACGGCGACGAGUCCAUGGCCACCGAUGCCUACGCGCGCACCGUCGUGCGCAUGAUCCAGGCCAAGAAGCGGCCGCUCUGGUUCUGGGCCGGCGCAAAGUCCACCUUGAUCUGGUUCCUGUACAACUUUGUGCCUAAGCGCCUGCGUCUAUACAUCAUGGCCAGGCGAUUUGGCCUGCUCAGUCUCGGUCAGCAGCUGGCCAAGUAG